CUCGAGGUACAAGUUCUCCCCCUUUCUUUCCACCUCGAUUCGUCUCCGCUCUUAUCCCCCGCUGCGCCCCUGCCUUUCCUCUCCGUCUCCGCCGUCGUCGUUGCCUCCCACCCGCAACCGCACUACUUUCCCCGGCGGAUCGGGACCUCUGCUCGGCGCGGUCCAUCCAUGGCGGAGGAAUCAGGUCGCCCCUUGCCUAAGUUUGGUGAAUGGGACGUGAAUGACCCAGCUUCCGCUGAUGGAUUCACAGUGAUAUUCAACAAAGCCAGAGAUGAGAAGAAGGGUGGCAAUGGACAAGAGACCGAUUCUCCUUCCAAGGACACCAGGACCGAGAGGGUGGAAUCUUAUGCUGCCAAGCCGAACUCGAAGAAAUGGUUUUGCUGCGUGACAGCCAGCCCCACACAAUCCUGAGGAAGACAAUCGCCCCCUUGCGGGAAUACUGCCCCUUUAAUUUUUCUAUACAUACUAUCCAUAAGACAGUGUAGAGGUACCCAGGGCUCUCGGGCUCCAGGAUGGGUACCUCGUAAAACUCUGGAGUGCGUGUAUGUAUGUGUGUGUGAGGGUUGUCGACGCACAUUUGCAAAGUGGACUUCUGAGUUCUGAUUGUAAUUGUAGUCCCCCGUCUGUCUUAUUUUUGUUGGUUUC